AUGUUAGACUUGACACUUGAUUCUGCAAGUUCUGUCUGGCUGAUACUAGAAGUGGUAGUAGCGUGGAUCGCAUUUCAAUGGGUGAUAUUUAAGCUACUGGGUGUUUCUGUGGGCAUAAUAGAUCCUUUAAGAUUCAGAAUUCGAUCGAUUAGGGUACGAAACCUACUUUCAAUCCAAUUCGUGUACUAUUCCUUUUGGAAUCAUGGUGUUGUCUUACAUGGUCUGAAAUUGGAGCUUCCCCGAGGGCGUGAAAUAAAAAAGAAUGCUAAUAGUACACAGGAAAGCCCCGAAAACUAUUUUACCGUUCCAAGAUGGUGCCAGUGGCUCAUAAUACGCCUUUUAAACCUUUUUCGACAGUACAACAUUGUUCUGGAAAAGACAGAGCUCAAUGGGGUGAAAGUCGACAACAUGGUAGUCAAACUCGUGGGCCAUGGGUCGCGUCUCGAUGUGUCGAUUUUAAUCAAAGAUGCAGCACUCGCCGAUAUUGCAGCUUGUUCAGGGUCGGUUAUCGAGUUUUCGGGAGAAAUUAAUUUCCAAAGACCUGUGAUGCCGCUCCAAGAUCUAGUUGUGGACCUCAAAUUUAGAGGAGUGUCCGCGUCCUAUGAAAGACUCGUCACCUAUAUAGAAUCCGGUCAGGAAGGCGAACCUGGUCAGAGUGAGCCAUCCUCAAAUGGUAAUGAAUCAACCGGAGAGCCCGCGAUUCCUGCUGGUCUUGGUGGAACCAGUGACUCAGAAGCCUCAGCAUGCAUUCAUUAUAUCAAAUCACAGCUACUUCAAGCCGGCGACUUUGUUGCGAUGCUUAAUAAAGUAAAUAUUGCUUUGGACGGUGUUGCAGUAAGUGACAUUCCACUAUCGAGAAACCCAGAGUUAACUGACACCGCGAGCCUUUUGGAGUUUGAAGUGUCCCUGUCAAACCUGACAUUUGCAAUUACCAGACUUGAUUGCCACUCUCCAGGUUUUAAGCUGACCUUUUCACCUAAUGAAUUUCCCUUGAAUUUGCAAUGCACUAUGUCAUCGAUAGCGUUCAAAGUUCAUCAAAACUUGAAGAACGAGACUGCGGGUCGUGAGACUUACCAAUUUUGCGAAAUUCCCAGUGUCGCCCUUUAUGGUGAUACAAAUCUGCUAUCGUUGCGCUCCAUGGAGGAAAACUUUGAUGAGCCAAUCGAGACAGUGGUCAGGUUGGUUGGCCAUAUAUCCUCACCUGUGUUGGAUUUUGAAAUUGCCCAGUAUUCUUUAUUAAAGUCAUUCAAGGACAACUUGAAGGUGUUUCAAUGUUUAUUAAAGGACGAUGAUGAUGUUACGCCUCCUACAUGCGCUAAGACUUUAGAGAAGAAACAAGCAAUACUCACAUACUUUCAGCAUAUUCUGCCACACGUGGAAUCCAAAAUUACAAUAGAGGACCCAAUGACCCUUAUUAGUGACGGAUGUGAACUACUAGUUCAAAAGUGCUCUAUACUGUCAAUUCAAACAAAGUCUGAUAAAUAUAGAUUAAGUGGUGAAGCUGAUGAAAAGGAAUUAUAUUACAAAUGGAAAAAUACAAUUGAAUUGAUGGACUACAGCUUCACUUAUCAUAAUAAAUUCAAAAAGUAUGAGCACAGAAUUCUAACAGUGACCAAUGUUUCCAUAAUGACCUUAGCACAGCUGGUACCAAAUAUCCGCACAAACAUCAAUGCCGGCGUUGAUGUGUGUGAGUUGGACUUAUCGGAGCUCUCCACUUUAAUGGCUCUAAACAAAAUAUUUCGAAAGGCGAAUUCAAAGAUGCUACUUGUGGAGGAAGAGCAUUUCGAUAAGCUAUACGAAAAAUUUGCCUCUUUCUUGGAAUCCACCAAGCAGGAAAAUCUCAAAGAUAAGAGACUUCUCAAAGAAACCGAGGUUUGCCCUAAAGCUCAGUUAUUUGAACAGCUACCAUCAUUCUUUGAUGGAAUGCGCACUAGCGUCCGGGGACUGAAAAUAACUGUUGGCGCAAGGUCCGUUUUCAUGUCGAAUGAUAUCUUCACAGAUUUGACACCUCAAAGUCCAGAGGAUUUAGUUGAUGGUGAACUGAGAAAAAUGUCUCAUAGUUUUGAAAGAAUUCAGUUGUCUUUGAGCGGGCCAGGUGAGCAGUCUCGAGUGAGCGAUGAACAAAGUAAUUCGGAUGGUUCUACUUUGAUUAACUCCAUGAAAACUUUUUCUUAUGAUGAGCUCGGUUUAGACGAUAGUUCUUCGAACUUUUCUGCUGGCAGAGAGUUUAUUUGGCUUUUUCGUUGCUCGAUUCACAAUAUGGUAACAACACUGUAUUCUGAGAAAAGAACAAAAAGGCAAACACUUAGCGCCAAGACGGUUUUCAAGCUACCGGAAUUCGAACUCGCUAUAUACCCCGAUACACCGCUGCUUGAUAAGGCAGAAGCUGCAGGUAGCAAAGUGGUUGUGUCAAUCAAUACUGGUGAUUGUGAGACUAUGCUAUCUUUGAUGACAGUUUUUCUUGUGUUCUCUGCCGCUCACACAUUCAAACAGACUUUUACGAGAGAUGUGAAUCAGCAUGCGCGGGAGUCGAAGGCUAAACGCCACCUGUCUACUCAGUAUGCAAAGAAGGGGAAAAGGUCUUUUUUGGCACGUUUAAUGAAAAAGGAAUUACUAGACCUUAUCAGUUUCGAAUUUAAUGCCAGAUCUUUGAGCAUGGUCAUAAUAUUACCUAACGGUGUCAAAACGAGGGUAGAGGCUUUCAGAAGUAGCAUAACGUGCACCGAUAUUUCCAAUCUAACAAUUCAAGGCCACUUUUUUCGAUUCUGCGUGGAAUCACCUCGAGUAACGAACUUUUGGGUAAGAAUGAUGACAAUUGUCAAUUUUAAGGCGCAGGGAAAUAUAAAAGAUGUCAUAAACCAAAGCAAAGAUACUUUUGGUAAGGGCACAGAACCUACUGUCAUGCUAUCAAACGACAUGUGGAACUUCAAUAUACCCCAUGCUUUCGAAAUGUAUCAAAUCUUUGAUAACAUUUCUACCACUGUUAAAAGUAUCAAGCAAAUGAUUUAUUCGUUAAAAACCUCUAGCAACAAAAAUGUCAUCAAACCUCAUGUGUCUAAACCUCUACGUCUUCCAAGCAUCAACUUGAGGUCUAAAAGAUGGGUUCUUAGCGUGGAAGACGACGCUUUUGAAUCCCAGCUGUCAAUGAUUUUUCAAGUUGGACUGAAAGAACAGAGGUCUAGGCUGGAAAAAUAUGAAAUUUUCGAGAAAACAGUUGCUAAAGAGUUGACGACUAAGCACAAAGGCAUGCGAAGAUCAGAAACUGCUAAUAUGGAUAUUAUUAGAAAACAUAAACAUACUGACAGUUUGGACAGUAUACGUGCCGCAAGAAGAGGAAGCGUUCCGACUCUAAACCAACCGGAUGUGACAGAAAAGCCAGACCAUAUUCCGCAGCAGGAUCAUUUCCGGUACGUUGAGGAUGCUGAGCUGCGGGCGAGAGAAUUUCACAAACUUCAAGAGCAGAUUUCCACAUCGUGGAUAAGAAGAAUUCAAGCGUUCAAAAUAAAAGAACAAAUCGAAUUUCUAAAGAAUUUCGAAUAUCUAUGGGGCAAAGUCGACCCCGAAUGCUUCCCACCUAGCGCCAAUAAGCGUAUCAUGGCGUUUGUUUCUUCUCCACCUCUAAUGAACAUUAUACUAGAAGAUAUUGACGUAACCAUUUCGCAACCAUCAUUUGGAGUUGAUAAUUCGCCGAACUUCAUUUAUGACGUUGGGAAAGGAGUUCCCAAAGAUACCAAGUACUCAAUUAUGGUACCAAUGCAUUUAAAUGCAGAGUUCAGAGAAAUAAGGUGCCAUUUGCGAGAUUACCCUUUACCUUUCGUGCACCUUCCAGAUUUGACUGCGAAGCAGAGGGAAGCAAGUGGUGGUGCAUCUAUACGCUUACAUGGCGAUGUGAUUAUUUCUGAAGAUAUAAUAAGAUCUGAUGCCGAGCUAAGGACUUUGUUUGUACCAUUAGUUCCCUCCGCUACACUAGAGAAUGAUGAUAAAUUCUAUUCUUUGCUCGUGCCCCGGACUUUGACAGCAAUCAAGACAUACGCAAAAAUAGACCUCGAGUUGAACUCAGAGGAAACAACACUUGUCGCAUGGAAUGGCUCUUAUUCCCCAGCAAUUCAGCAAGCCAUGCAAUGCUUCGAUAACUUUUCAAAGCCGCCAAUCGAUCCCUCCCCAAAACUCGGUUUCUGGGACAAAAUAAGAGAAACCUUUCAUGCAAGAACCUCUGUGAGGUGGAAAAAUGGUGGUCAACUUAAUGUUGCUUUGAAGGGUGGAAAAAGCCCUUAUACGAUGGGCGGCGAAGCCGCUGGCUUCGUCGUUGGAUUGAAGGGUGACGUGGAAGUCGGAUGUAACAUAGCCGACGAUCCCCGAAAGUUUGUUUCCCUGACCUCUCAAGAAGUCUUCUUUUCAAUCCCUAAUUUCUUUGCAAAACCAUUGUUAUCAUGGUCCAGAAGCAGCAAAGACUCUCUGUUUUUCCCUAGUUACGAAAACACCAAUCUUCAACAGUAUGCCUUUUACUAUGACAUGAUCGAGCUCCCGGAUAUAAAACAGCUAUCGGAUGACAUACACGUGAUGGGCAGAGCAUACUUGGAGAAGACGGCUAUCAGAUUAACUGGUGGGAUCACGCUAAAUGUCGGAUUCGUCUUCGAAAGAUUAGAAUCGGACCUCAAGAAAAGGACUUUUGAAUCGAAGUCACACUGGGAUACCCGAUUGUGCAACCCUGUCCUGGUCGAAGAUCUUGGCGAUCACGAUUCUUAUAAAGGCUUCCGAAGUGAUUUCAUUCAUUUAUCGUUCACUCUCCUAUCUAGCAAUCCUAAAGCCUACAAUGUCUUGCAGCUAACGCCAGGUGCUUUCAGAACUUUUUUUGGUUGGUGGCACAGCUUUUCAGGGAACUCACCAAUCAGGCGUGGUCCGCUGUUUGGUAUGAACAGUAUGAGCCCCAAGUUUGGUGUUCAUCUGUACACCAUCUCUUACCAUGCAGAUGUUGCCCCACUUUUCAUCAGCCACAUGCAUGAGCUUUUCGAUCCUGACAACAAAAUGAAGGGUGUAGCUGAUCGAGUCACCAGUUUUGUGGGUUUGAAAGCCAAGUCAGAACAUUUUGUGAUGGAUCUUCACCAGCGCAAAGAAGUACUCCAUGAGUAUAAGCAUGAGCUCAAUACCACAAAGCGCAUUUCUCGACUCAUGCUCCAUGAAGGGUAUGUAUCAAAUUUUGGAAUCGACGUCAGGACUGUACAAGCACAAUUUAAGGAAGCAACGUACGCUGAUGACCAAAGUUCACAUUUCGAUAUUUUCGACGACGACAUGACCUGGUUCGAUCCUUCGGAUUACACCGAAGUUUUUUUGGACCGGAUGGGUGACCGCAUCCCUUCAGUUAGCAUAAACUCAUUGGUGUACUCUCCGAAAUUUGUCUAUCGAAAGCAUGCGAGUUACGGAGAUAAAUAUCAGGUCAACUUUGAGACGUGUGAAAAAAUCGAGCCAUUUAAAAAUUCUGAUUAUCAUGACUGCUCCCUCCAAAGCACCGUGCGGUCUCCAUUGUAUCUCAUCGAAAGACGUCUCAAUGCACUUGAAGAAAAGAAAUUGAAAGUCGCUGAAGAGCUCAAGCAACAACCUCAGCAAGGCCUCCAGGAAAAGAAAAAGCUCUUGGAAAAUAAAUUGGAAAUGAUCCAGGCCGCAAUCCUGCAAGUGAAAAAGCUACUUCAAGAUUUCAGUGAGUACGAAAAUUAUGACGCGAGCGAGGACGAAGACUCCAAAGCUGAUUUGAAAACUGAAAAAAUCCCCGAUUCAGCUCAAAGUAUCAAGAAGCACGACUGUGCAGAGUUUGAAUGGCUUACGAAAAAGUCCUUCUCAAAGACAUUUGAGCAUCGCUUUUUCAUCUUCUCGAUGUAUUUGAAAUGGAACGAUACUGUCAGGGGCGCGGUCUAUAGUUACAUUCAUUUGCUUGAUUUCAACCGAGAAUUGGCGUAUAUUACGAAUCACAAGGCGGUUCAAAGAGUUAACGAUGUGAUCAGAAAUGCCGAGGGCACCCAGGUGGAAAAGCUUGAAUCAAUAGUGGAAAGCACAAACUCAGAUUCCGUUCAUAAUCUUCAAAGCGAAGAAAUCGAGAGUUUAGAUGCUGGCGAGGAUAUUCUUUCUGUGUUCGAAGAAGGGCUGAGAAGCUUGCAAACUGAUUUUGAUUUUGUCACUCACGAUAAUCAUGUUGUGCAAUUCGUUGCACCUCAAAUACAGUUUACUACAACAAAGAAACCAGACGUUUGCACGAUGAUCACAGCACCAAGCAUUAAGUUAAAAACAAUAAGUUUCGAUACGAAUGUCACGCAAAAUCAGUACAACUCAGAUGUUUUCAUGAACCGCUAUAGCGUUGCUUUACUAAAAGCAAAUGUUUUUGUGUUCCAUAAAGACAGCAUGGAUGAAAGUUAUGAUGUGUUCUUCAAUGAGGAAGGAUACGACCAAAACAAAGAACAAAAUUGGCAACCUUGGCUGGGCGUGGAGCUGUGCUUUGAUUCAGCUUCCCUCGGCAAGGAAGCACUAAUUCAAAACCUUUCGGCUAUCUUCAGAUUUGACAGGGUGUUCUCAUUUGCGAACUUUUCCGGCAUCAACGAACAGAAUUUGAAUAACAAAAUGAUAUGCCAAUUACCUAGAACCAUCAUAAGCUCGAACUCUCGACAGUACUUGGCUCUUUAUGACGUGAUUGCACAUCUGCUGGUGUACGCAGAGCCAAAGAGUGCUCACUUGCGUAAAGAGGUCGAAAAGCUAAUGCUAAGUUAUGAUAGUGCAAACUUGUUACACCUGAAGAGAGUUGUUACCGAUCUUCAGCAAAAGAUUGUUGCGUUGAAGCUCCUAGAAAAAGAACUGGCAUUCAGGAGGCACAUUCUUGAUGCCGAUGGCAUUGACGAUCUCGAAACUAUUCGCAAAAAUAAGUAUGAAUCUUUGAUCAGCCUUUAUAUUCUGAUGAAGGUUCUUAAUAUGGGCAGUCAGGAACACGCGGCAGAAGAUCAAAAAAUGUUAUGGGAUCUGGAGGCAAAGGAGAUCAUUCUGCAUAUGUUGCAUGAUGAUGGCACUCCAUUUUUAGAUGUUGCGUUGGCCAAAUCAUAUUUUCAACGAGUGCAAUCUUCGUAUGGUUAUAACAGCAACAAGGUAGUGAUCGGGGUUGCCCAGAUUUUCAACUUGGACCAAGGCGUAAUAUUCAACAAUCUUCUGGGUCCCUCGGAUGCCAGAAAAGGAAUCGAACAUAAUGGGGAAAGCAAACCGCUCAUUGUACUUGAGUGGGAAAUUGAGAAACCUGUAGGGGGAAUGAAGGUUAUUAAUAAUGCCACUACAAUUUUCCGUGGUUUGGAUAUUAACGUGGAACAAGAGACAUUAACGAAGAUAAUGAGAUGGGCUUUCCCUGCCGAAAUCGAGGAGUACAUCCAAGAACACAAUAGGUCAAGCAUGCAAUACGAAGACACUGGUGAUGAUUAUGCAAGCACAAUGUCGGAUCAACAUAGUUUUACCAUUGGCAAAAUCGGUAAGGAAGGAAAACCUGUUGAGAGCCCUGACGACGUUGAUGAAAUGUUUAAGAGGUCAUCCGAUUACAUGGUUAUCAACAACAUGGUAAUCAAUAGUUUCAAACUCACAAUAAGCUAUCGAGGCAACGGAGCCACCAGGCUCAUCAAUGUCACAAACUUCGGGUUCUUAUUUCCCCGUCUUACGUUCCAUAAUCAGACGAUAACCAUGGUGGAUCUAACUAUGAUGGUGAAACAGGUAUUGCUGAAGUCUUUGUUCAAGCACGCGGGCAAAUUUUUGGGCAACAAACUCAAAAAGCAUUCUCUCAAUAUCGAUACAUCAAAUCCUCCUCUGCGGCAACUGUCCAGUUAUCGCUCGUACACGAAAGUUGAAGAUCUGCAAGAGGAUAGAAUACCAGAACAAGAGAAAGAACAAGACACACACAUUUCGUCAUGA